GAGCACGGUCGGCUGUGGGUCGGAGCGGUGGGUACGGAGCGCUGAGGGAACGCUAUAUGCGCUGCGAGGCUAAAGGACGCAAACACGGGGAACACGCACGCGCAUGCGCACACGUAGAAGCACACUGAUCCGAGGAUUGGAGCAGCUCGGCUCGGACUCUCUCUCUCUCCAGCCUAUGUGGAGGUCAAGCGCACAGUUCGGUGAGAAUCCCUGCUCUGCGGUACGACCGAGUUGGACUGCUUUGCCGAGCGGGAGCGGAUAGAGAGAGACAGCGGGGGAUAAACAUGGUUGUGGACGGCUCUUUGCGCAGUUUGGGCUCGCUGUGUGUCCUGGCUCUGUGCUUCGGCAUCGCCGCUCCGAGAGCUCGGGUUUACACCAACCACUGGGCGGUUCGCAUUACCGGCGGCAACGAGCUGGCGGAACAUAUAGCACAAAGAUACGGAUACAAGAACCUGGGCCAGAUCGGCGACCUGAAGGACUACUACCACUUCUUCCACAGCCGGACGAUAAAAAGGUCGACGCUCUCCAGCCGCGGCACACACAGCUUUAUCUCCAUGGACCCAAAGGUGAAGUGGAUUCAGCAGCAGGUGGUAAAAAGGAGAGUAAAGAGAGAUUAUAAACCCUCGUACCCAGGUCCUGUCAAGGCCAGCCAUACCAGCUUGGUCCAGCCUGACUCCAUAUUCUUCAAUGAUGCUAAAUGGAGUAGCAUGUGGUACAUCCACUGCAAUGAAAACAUUCAUAACUGUCAGUCGGACAUGAACAUCUUGGGUGCCUGGAAAAGGGGCUACACGGGUAAAGAUGUGGUGGUUACUAUUCUGGAUGAUGGCAUCGAGCGGAACCACCCAGAUCUCGUAGAGAACUAUGAUAACCAGGCCAGUUAUGAUGUAAAUGGAGACGAUCCAGACCCCAUGCCCAGAUACGACGUCAGCAACGAGAACAAGCAUGGAACGCGGUGUGCUGGGGAAGUGGCUGCAUCAGCCAACAACUCCCACUGCACUGUGGGUAUUGCCUACAACGCCAAGAUCGGGGGUGUGCGCAUGUUGGAUGGAGAUGUAACGGACAUGGUGGAGGCCAGGUCGCUCAGUUUGCACCCGCAGCACAUCGAUAUCUACAGUGCCAGCUGGGGUCCAGACGACGACGGGAAAACCGUAGACGGGCCCGCCGCCCUGGCCAAGCAGGCCUUCGAGAACGGCAUCCGACAGGGUAGGAAGGGCCGGGGCUCCAUUUUUGUGUGGGCAUCAGGCAACGGUGGGAGGAGUCGAGAUCACUGCUCGUGUGACGGCUAUACGAACAGCAUCUACACAAUCUCCAUCAGCAGCACGGCAGAAAGCGGACGCAAACCCUGGUACCUGGAGGAGUGCGCCUCCACGCUCACCACUACAUACAGCAGCGGGGAAAACUACGACCGUAAAAUUAUCACUACAGAUCUGAGGCAGCGCUGCACGGACAGUCACACUGGAACUUCAGCCUCGGCUCCCAUGGCUGCUGGGAUCAUCGCUCUCGCACUGGAGGCAAACCCUUUGCUGACCUGGAGGGAUGUACAGCACAUCAUUGUAAAAACCUCGCGUGCUGGCCACCUCAGCGCUCCUGACUGGAAAACCAAUGCAGCAGGAUACAACGUGAGUCAUCUGUACGGCUUCGGGCUCAUGGAUGCAGAGGCCAUGGUGAAAGAAGCCGAGCGAUGGAAGCAGGUCCCUCAGCAGCACAUAUGUGUAGAAAAUGCUGAUAAGCAGAUGAGGACGAUUCGCCCGGAGCACGUCGUCCGGUCCGUUUACAAAGCCACGGGCUGCACAGAUAAUGCGAAUCAUCACGUCAUUUAUUUGGAGCACGUGGUUGUACGGAUCACCAUCACUCACCCGAGACGAGGGGACCUGUCCAUUAAUCUGACCUCACCUUCAGGGACGAAAUCACAGCUCCUUGCCAACAGGCUGUUUGACCACUCAAUGGAGGGCUUUAAGAACUGGGAGUUCAUGACGACACACUGUUGGGGGGAGAAAGCUGCUGGAGAUUGGGUCCUGGAGAUCUACGACUCGCCCUCACAACUCCGGAGUCAGAAAGCUCCAGGCAAACUGAAGGAGUGGUCGCUGGUGCUUUAUGGCACCUCAGUGCACCCGUACGCCUCCCGCAGCGACAAGCCUCGCUCCGUAGUGGAGUCUCCAGUAGAGGAUGAGUACAGCGAGGAGUAUGUGGGUCCCUGCGACCCGGAGUGCAGUGAGAAUCGCUGUGAGGGCCCUGGACCCCACCAGUGCAUCAACUGCCUGCACUACUUCCUCAAGUUCAAGAACAACACCAGGAUGUGUGUGUCCGAGUGUCCGUCUGGCUUUUUCCGCGACGAUAAGAGACGCUGUAAGAAGUGUUCGCCUUUGUGCGAGUCCUGCAUCGGCAGUCGCAGCGAUCAGUGCACGUCCUGUCGGCCUGGUCUUUACCUCAGAGAGGGAUCCAAUACGUGCGUCUAUACCUGUCCCGAGGGCACCUACUUAGACCACGACGCCAGCACGUGUCGGAAAUGCAGCGAGAACUGCAAGAAAUGUACUUCAGCAAACGUCUGCACGGAAUGUAAACCACGGCUCAGUCUACAAGGGAAUAAGUGCCAGCUAAACUGUGAACCUGGCACAUACUAUAACGGCCACAAACGGAUGUGUGAACAGUGCCAUCCAACUUGUAGCACAUGUGCAGGUACUGGCAUGGAGGCGUGCACUAAAUGUGCGGACGGCUACUAUCUUGAGGAGUGGCGCUGUGUGCUCAGCUGCAGCGCCGGUUACUACAUGGCCGAACAAACUGCCGAAAACGGAGAGAUCCAGAAAUCCUGUCGCAAGUGUGAUCACACGUGUUACACAUGCUCAGGCCCGGGGGAGAGGAACUGCAGCACCUGUGUUAACGGCUAUAACUUAGAAAACGGGGUGUGUGUCAUCAGCACUAUCUGCAAAGAUGGUCAAUAUGUUGAUGAUAAGAGAAAAUGCCAACCAUGUGACAUUACAUGCCACACAUGCCAUGGACCACAUAGUGAUGACUGCCUGAGCUGUUUGCUUACUAGGUUUUAUGAUCAUGGCAGCUGUGUACUUAAGUGCGGCUCUGGGAAGUAUGAAAGGGACAGGCAGUGUCAUAAUUGCCACCAUACAUGCCAAGAGUGUAAUGACCAGGGUCCUGAUAAAUGCACCAGCUGCAGCAAAGACAGGUUUGGACUGGAGCACUACUUGUUUAACGGCGAGUGCUUAGACAGCUGCCCAGCAUCACACUAUCAUUCAGCAAAAAGUACCUGUGAACCCUGCGCUCCAAACUGCAUCACGUGUACCAGCGAGAACCACUGCAUCCACUGUGCCUCCAACUUCUACUCUAAGAAUGGAAUCUGUACUAAACUGGAAUGUGGAGAGGGUGAGGCUACUGACACAGAUCAUGAGGACUGUGUUCCUUGUGAAGAAGGCUGUCAGAAGUGUCUCAGUGUUAAUCCUGAGCAUUGCAUGUCCUGUCUGAGUGGCUAUUACAAAUUUUGGACCAGUUGCCACAGGAUUUGUCCAGAAAAGGCAUUUGAAAAUACCAAUACAAUGACAUGCACUGAAUGUGAAGAUAACUGCAUCAACUGUGAUGAGUCUCAGUGUUACCUCUGUGAAGAGAACUACUAUCUCUCAGAUGGCACAUGUGUAUCACAGUGUGAAGAAGGUUUUUAUGCAAAUGCCAGAAACGAGUGUGAGCCUUGUCACCCUGAGUGUCGCUCAUGUGGUGGCCCGUUCUAUGAUGAUUGCGACUCCUGUGAAGACAACAUGCACUUAGUAGAAGGGAAGUGUGUGAGCACUGACAUGACUUUGAAUUGUGGGCCAAUCCACUUUCCCAACAGUAAAGGGGAAUGUGAGCGAUGUCAUUCUUCCUGUAUGCUAUGCUGGGGACCUGGUGCUGACAAUUGUAAUAUCUGUGCUGAUGGUUUAUUUCUACUUCCAGACAGCCAUUCGUGUGUAUCGUCCUGCUCUGCAGGUUUGUUUGGAAACAAGACAAGUGGGCACUGUGAGGAAUGCUUGCCAGGAUGUAUUGUGUGCCAGGAAGCCCAACAGUGCCUUAAAUGUAGAGACCACCUCUACCUACAGAACGGUUUAUGUGUCACCCAGUGCCAAAGGGGUUACCCUGAAGAGGGUAAGUGCCGUAGCUGUGGUGAACAGUGUGCGUCGUGUGAAAAUGAUCCAAGUCAUUGUUUGAGCUGUGAGAAGCAGUACUUGCUCUACAAAAAUACCUGUGUGGGGCACUGCCCUCAGGGCUUCUACGUUAAAGAAGAAAGGUGUGAACGCUGCCCACAUAGCUGCACCCAAUGUGAUGAAGCAGGCCGGUGUAGUGAAUGUGAGCAGUACAGUUUCCUGCAUGAAGGCAGAUGUUUGGAAGACUGUCCUAAACACUACUUUACAAACAAGCAUGAAAAGAAGUGUGAAAGCUGUCAUGAUGAUUGUGCAACCUGUGAUGGACCUGAUGCAGACGACUGCAUAUCAUGUCGAUCUUCCUCAGCUGUACGUUACAACGGACAAUGUCGUUUCACCUGCCCCUGGAACACCUACCGGGAAAAGACUGAAUGCAGGGACUGUCAUGAGUCCUGCCAGACUUGCUCUGAUCCCCAUCCCUCCUCGUGCCUCACCUGCCAGCCCGGCAUGAGAAAAGAUGUUAAUGGGCACUGUGAGUUUUAUAGCAAAUGCUCUUUAAGCAUGUUCAUGGAUGAAGAUGAAAAGUGCAAACCAUGCCAUGUCAACUGCCUCGGCUGUUCAGGUCCAAAUGAACAUCAGUGUAUUAGCUGCCACCCUGACAAUUAUCUUCACAAUCACAUGUGUGUUUCUAAAUGCCCGGAUGGUUAUUACAGCGAUAUAAAAGAGGGUGCGUGUGUGAAGUGUCAUGUGACCUGUGCAACAUGCAGUGGACAUCACAGUAAUGAAUGCUUUACUUGCAAAGAAGGACACUUCCGGUUAAGAAACACCUGUCUGGAGAGAUGUCCUUCCAGAUUCUUUGGUGACACAGUCAAUAGGACAUGUGAGCCUUGUGACCCGUCCUGUGAGGAGUGUUCAGGCAGAGGUGACACACAUUGUCUGGGCUGUAGUCAGGGUUACUUCCUCUUAAAGCAGAAGGGUACAUGUGUGCAUGUGUGUCCAUCAAACUACUUUGUGGACAAGUGGAAGAGAGUGUGUGAACUUUGUCACCCAUCCUGCAAAACCUGUGAAAAAUCUGGGCCGCUUCACUGCUCAUCAUGCUACGAAGGCUUCAAACAAAUUGGAGGAAUUUGCUCGUCACUUUGUCUUGCUGGACAGUAUGCUAUCUCUGAGAAUCCAGAGGUUGAAUGUGUAGAAUGUGACUCAUCAUGUACAGAGUGUAAAGGCCCGGGACCCUACAACUGCACUGAUUGCCACGCUCUAGAGCGCCGCUCAGAGGAUGGGAGGUGUUUAACAUGCUGCGGAGAGGACAAACAUAUGGACUCGACCCCACUUCCCUGGGAAUGCUGUCAGUGCCGAGAUGCUCCUCCAGAUGAAUGCAUACUUGGAGUCAACUUCAACUUUCACAGCAGAGAGGAUGUUCCUGCAGGCAACCCUGGCCUUGUCACACUCAUCGCUAUAUUCCUAUUAAUAGGCUUAGGGCUGCUGGUUUUCCUCUUUAUGCAUUUACACCUAAAGCUAAAACUGCCCUCCUUCUCCUCUUUCAAAUCAAAAGGCUACACAAAACUGGAAAAAGAACCCGCUUUUACCACGGCCACGCUUCGAGACAGAAUUCAGGCUGAGUACUGUGACAAGGAUGAAGAUGAUGAAGAAGAGGAUGAGGACGACAAUGAGGAUGAGAUUGUGUACAUGGGGCAGGAUGGGGUGGUGUAUCAUAAAUUUAAGUACGGCCUUGUAGAUCAAGAGGAAGAAGAUUUGGAGUAUGAUGAUGUAGAACUAUUUAACUAUGAUUUAAGAAGUGCUUAGGACUUAUUAUUGCAGUUUAUAUACCUGUUUACCUUUUUAAUACCUUGUUGUUGUAACACUUAAUGACCUUACUGGAUGCACUCAGAUUCAAUGUCAAACUGAAAAAGUUUUGUGACUAGAACAUUUUUACUUUAUUAUUUAAGCUAAACAAUAACAUGAUGGUGCCCCUGAGCAUAAAACAAAUCCAUAAAGUCACAGUUCUGUGUAAAAAAGUGCCCAGGGUUUUAGAAUGGGGUGUUUACAAGCUCAUGGUCAUGUGUCCACAUACUUUUGGCCAUAUAAGUUAUAUUAGUUAGAUAGAUAGUUCAGAAGAGUUUUGGGUUUUGAAUGCAUAAUGUUAAAUAUACAAAUAUAUAGUGUUUGCCUGCUUGUUAGCUAGCUGGCUAGUCUGUCUGAGGUAACAUUAGCUUUAGCUAAAAAGUAACCAAGGUUGUUUGCUAACAUGCUCAAUUCGUUGAAAGUUUAGCUUUAUAUGUUUUUUAUAAAGUUUUACAUAUUUCAUUUUACUAUUACUAAUAUUAUUUAUUUAAUUAUUAAAUAUUUACUUCACCAAAGAGAACAGAAAUGACAGAAAAGCACUCACCAAAACUUGUGAAGAAGCAGAAAGAGAGAGCAGAGUUCACUAACAAACAAAGUGCUCAUUUAGUUUAAAUGUACAGAAUGUUCAUGUAUGAAUUCAAGCUUUUUAUCUGUGCUGUUAAAAUACAACUUUAUUGUAAUACAUUAUUGUACUAAAUUAAAAGUUAAUAGUUUGAUAAUUAUAAAUUUUUAAAACUGAUUAAUAUAUAUUCAAAUGUUAUUUCUCAUUUUAAUCAAUCUAUUUAAACAAUGAGGUUUACAGUGUUCUGGAACAUUCUUCUCCUUC